UCCUUGGUCCAAGCCCGACAGUCGACACCAAAUCAAAAUCAGCUGAGUGCUAACUUGUAAGCUAUGACUGUUCUGUGGUUCUGAUUCUAAUUUUUUUAUCUAUUCUCUUCUUCACUGACACGACCGCAUCUGAUGUCAGUUAUUCUUCUGCAUUCAGUUCAUAAAAUAUUUACUGUUUCUGCUUUCAGUUCUGCAGCUCGUUUCAAAGCAGUAAAACCAGUAAUUCAUAUUUUAAAACAUUUAGAAUUAACUGCUAGUUUUUGUGUAUCAUCGCAUCUAAAAAUGAAAACCGGUACUUAUUUGAUUUCAGUGCCUGGAUUUCAAUAUCAAAUAAAAGAUGAGAAAGAUAUCAAUGCAGGAGGAUAUGAUUGUGUUGUCUACACUUCAGGGGAACCUCCAAACAGCGACAGUCAUCCUGAAGCAAUAAAAUCGGUCCUUGCUCGAGCAUCGAAAUUGGAUGAAGCCCUAUCAACUGAAGGAGGAUUAUUUGAAGUGAACCUUACUGCUGGUAGAUUGGUUUAUUCUCCAACCGGACCUCUUUCAGACUAUCAUGAUGUCCGAAGCUACGGUGAAGCUGUCAAGCAAGGAAUUUUGAGAGCAAUAAAGGCUGGAUCUAAAGCUCCUCUGUUGGUUUUACCUCAGUCCUCAGCAUUUACACACACACAACUAGUAUCAGUUCUUGGUGCACUUGAAGCCCUGUAUCUGAGCAUCCAAUACCGUGAAGACUGUCCAGACAAAAAUCCAAAAAUCAAAUCCCUUGGUGUCUGGGGUUACAAAGGAAGCAAUGCUGAUUCUUUCUUCAAAUAUGUUGUUGCCUUGGAGAAUGGAAGGUGCGUGUGCCGUGACAUUGGAGGAGGUGACCCCGAGCGCAUGGCUCCGCCCAGAGUGGUCGACUAUGUCAAAGAAGCGUUUCCAGCCAACUCGGGCAUCUCGAUCAAAAUUGAAGAUCAACUGUCCUUUUUGGAGAAGGAGUAUCCACUCUAUGCAGCCGUCAAUCGGUGCGCCAGUGUUGUGGAGAGACACAACGGCCGAGUGGUUUACCUGAGCUACGACGGGGGCAAUGCGACCGAGAGCCUGCUGCUGGUCGGAAAGGGCGUGACCUACGACACGGGUGGCGCCGACCUCAAGGUCAACGGAUUCAUGGCCGGCAUGUCACGUGACAAAUGCGGAGCCGCCGCUGUCGCCGGAUUCAUGAAGGUGCUGUCGGAGUUAAAGCCAGCUAACUUGAAGGUGAUCGGUGCGCUGAGUUUGGUACGGAACAGUGUGGGUUCCAACUGUUACGUCUCUGAUGAAGUGAUUGUUGCUCGCUCCAAGAAACGGGUCCGCGUCAACAACACUGACGCUGAAGGUCGCAUGAUUAUGGCCGAUGUGCUUUGCCAUAUGAAAGAGCUGGCGCAAAAUCUGCCAAAUCCGCACCUGAUGACGGUGGCCACCCUCACUGGGCAUGCCUGCCUGGCAGCUGGUAACGGAUACUCUAUCGUGAUGGAUAAUGCAGUGGCUAGAGAGCAAAAGUUCUCUUCAAAACUCCAAGAAGCAGGUCAAAAGAUUGGAAAUCCGUUUGAGAUAAGCUAUUUACGUAGAGAGGACUUCAAAUUUCAUAAAGGAGUGGCGCCAGGUGAUGAUUUGAGACAAUCCAAUGAUUUACCUUCCAGUAGAACUGCGCGAGGACAUCAGACUCCCGGAGCCUUCCUGAUCAUGGCGUCUGGAUUGGAUGAGUGCGAUUUGAGUUCGGACAAGCCGUUGAAAUAUUCGCACGUUGACAUAGCUGCCUCGGGAGGCGAUUUGCCCAAUGAGGCCACAGGAGCCCCAGUCUUGGCAUUCGCCGCUCACUAUCUGCCAGUUCCUGCUUGAAAGCGUUCAAAACAAAUUUUGAUAAAACUGAAUUGAAAGCGAUUCAAUGCCUUUCCAUAGCCAACUAUCUGUUUUUAUUAUUCAUAGCACACCUAUAUUGUUAUACAUUACAAUAUUAUAUAUUUUAAUAAUAAUAAUAAUACAUCAAUAUCAUACAUUACAAUUAAGUUAUAUUAAAUAGUAUAUUUUAUCAUUUUUAUUAGCUCAUCACAUACCUUCCUUUAAUUACUGAUAUAUAUAUAUAUAUAUAUCAUAGCCAGUAUAUAUUCACUAGCCAGUAUAUAUAUUCACUAUUAAAUCUUUUUUAAAGAAGUUCUUUCUGGCAAAAUGUGUGUACUCACUAAACAUUCUAAAGUUAUUUUCUGGAGUUCAUCUCUAAGAAAACCCUGAAAAAUGUUGUAAAGUGUUGAGGGAAAUUAUUAUAUAUAUUAUGAAUACAUUAUCAUAAUAUAGAAGAUUAUCAAAGAAAGUCAAUUGAUUAGUAGUUUAUUUAUAAUUUAAUUAUUUGAAAAGGGUUUUUAAUUAAGCACAGAUUCAGUAAUUCAGUUUUCAGGUGUCUAAGUAGAACCUAGAAAUGUUUGAAAUGGUAUUCAUGGGAAAAAUAUGUGGGUUCACAAAUAUGAGAUUUAUGGAUCUUAAAUACUGUAUAAGGGAAUAUAUUUUAAAUAGAAAUCAUAUUAUAUACGUUUAAUACAAAUAAAACUUGAAUUUUAUAUCAUCUCAA